AUGUCGGUCCAUUUCACUGAUUCUUUUCCUCUCCCCCACCUUUAUUUUUGCUCCUCUGUCUUUUUUUUGCUCUGUGCUUCUCUCUCUCUCUCUCUCUCUCUGUGUUUAUUUGUUCAUUAUCUAUCUAUCUAUCUAUCUAUCUAUCUAUCUAUCUCAACCGGGGAGGAGUGUGAAUCUAUCUAUCUAUCUAUCUAUCUAUCUAUCUAUCUAUCUAUCUAUCUAAAUUGUUUAUUAUGCAACAUUAUUUUUUCUUUCUUCUGUCAUGAAUAUUAUCUUCCUUACUAUAGGAAAUAUUUUUCUUCCUAUAAUACAUUAGACACAUCUAUCUAUCUAUCUAUCUAUCUAUCUAUCUAUCUAUCUAUCUAUCUAUCUAUCUAUGUCAGUCUGCUAUCUAUCUAUCUAUCUAUCUAUCUAUCUAUCUAUCUAUCUAUCUAUCUAUCAUGCUCCAGUGCUGAACUGUACACGCCCAUCCUGGUCGCUGCCGCCAAAGACGACGACGAUGACGACGACGACGGCAUUGACGGGAAUAGCAGAAUUACCUCCCCUGACAACCUACUAAACAAGACCGCAUUUCCUCUUUCAAAAUUCGCCUCUUUCCCAUCCACAUUCUCUUUGUCUCUCUUCUCGCCUUGCCAUAUUUCGCCCAUCCCUUUUCAUUCGUUAGUGCUCACGAACUUGCAAAUUUGCUGCAUGUCUUCAAAAAAAACGACUCUCGCUUGCCUCCCUCAGCUCGCUCUGUUCACAUCAACAGAACGCCUUUUUGGACGCUUACCAAACCCACCCACGUCGUAG